UACAAUAGGGUCCUUCUGAAACGCUCCAGCCUCUUCCCGGAGCCCCUCAGGCCCCGCCCCGUCCUCCCCGCGCCGCGCCGCGCCCUGCGGAACCUAGCGUCCCGGACGUGUUUCUGGAGGAGGAAUUUCGGCGUCGGAACCGAGGCCCUACGUAGGCGACGGCGGCGACUGCGGCGCAUGGAGGCUCGAGGACAUCCUUCUCGGGAGGCACCGGCGGCCCCAGGCCCGGGUACCGCCCGCACGCCCCGCAGACCCCGGGUCCUUGGCCCGGUUCCUGGCUCCCGGAAUCCUCCCACUGUCUGUCUCUGCUCAGGGCAACCCACGUGCAGUGACGCCGCCUGCAGAGCGCACCCCAUAGGCGAUGACACAUCCUUGAAGAAGCAAAAGAAUAAGAAGAAAACCCGGAACAGGGCCUCUGUGGCGAAUGGAGGCGAGAAGUCCUCAGAAAACCUCGCCCCUGAGGAAGCACCCUUGAGCGCUGAGGCCCAGGCGAAACAGCUGGCCCAGGAACUGGCCUGGUGUGUGGAGCAGCUAGAGCUGGGCCUCAAGAUGCAGAAACCCACCCCGAAACAGAAAGAGCAGGCUAUUGGGGCAAUCCGAACUCUGUGCAGUAAAAGAACCCCUCUGCCCCGGAAGAGGCAGCUGAUGCGCUCCUUGUUUGGGGACUACAGGGCUCAGAUGGAAGCUGAGUGGCAUGAAGCUCUGCGGGUUCUCAGGGCUGCUGCCCAUUCAGCCCGGGUACAGCCCGUAGAUGAGACCACCAGAAAGAAGAGCCGAAGAGUCUGCAGGCCUCGCCCUGUAGGGAGAGCCAAGGCCACUGUGGACACUCCUGAUGAAGAGUUUAGGUUCAAUUUCUUUUAGCCUCUCUCCAAUCCUGGCACAGUCCCCCUCCUCAGGGAUAAUGUGGGGUUUAUCUUGAGUGCAGAACUUUUCCAGGAAUUCUCUGUUGACACAUAUGAGGUUGUUCUGUCCCUGGGUGGUCCAAGGAUCUGGGGCUGUUGAUCAGGUAUGGGACCGUCCAAUAGGCACAGGACCCCAUUUGUAGGUUUUCUGAUGAAAUGCUGCUCCUGCCAGAAGAGAGGCAGAGGUACAUUUAGAAAAUCUUCUACACCAAAUUGAAGUGCAUGCUCAGUGUGUUAUUGAAAGGAUAUUGUUAGUAGCAAGGAUUAGGUUGGUAGCAAGGAUUAGUCGGGUAACUAUGCAAUUGUACACUGUGCUCACUUUUGAAGGAUGCCUUAUCAAAUGGUUUAGUGGUUCAUCCUAUUAUAUCACAUUGCCUUAAUCUCUAUUUUUGAUAAAAAUGGAUAAUGAAUGAAAGAGUGUGCUGUCUGUUUACAGGGAGUACAGAUGAAGGAGGAAUGUGACACUGCUGGGUCCAGGCUCUCACCCCAGUGCUUGGUCCUUUGUCCAUUGCCUUUGUUUCUGAGCAGGUGUCAUUCUCAGGGAACCAUUGUGGAUCCCACCAGGCCAGCCUCUGUUCUUGAGAACAGGGAGGUCUUGCUCUAACUGUCCUGGCUAGAGACCUGGAUCGUGCCUCAGCGGACCAACUGUCUAAAUGUUGGUGGCUCCAGGCAUCAAUCACAGGCCCUUGGCUCCACUGAGUUGGGAUCUUCAGGUGAUCUAAUCCUCCUUAGUACUUUUGUCUCCCAGACUUGCAUUCCAGACUCAAUAGGUACCUGGAGCCCAACUGCCAUCUCCAUAUGGGUGUUUCAUAGGUAUUUCAAACUUAACAUGUCCAAAACACCUGAUGAGGCCCUGAAUCUCUCUUCAUUUUCUGCUUUUCAGCGAAUGGAACUAUCACCCACCUAGUUCGUUAGGUAACAAACCUGUAUCAUCCUCAAUUGCCCCCUUUCUCCAACAUGGAUGUUCAAUACUUUAGCUGGUAUGUCCACUCUGUCCUCAAAAUAAACCUCAAAUGUUUUAUAUUUUCAUGA